GCUCCUGGGGACCGAAGGAUGUGGCGGGUCUGUCACCCCUCGCCCGGGGAUGAUCGCUGCGGUAAACUCCCCUGAUCCCUUCAGAGAAGCGCAGAGCCAGGCACCACACUCAGCUGGCCUGCUACUGACCAACCAAGGCAUUCCACCACAGCCAUGGCCUCCUGCUCGCUGGAGCGGAGCGGAGCCUAGGAGCAUGCAGGCGGAGCACCCUAGAGCAGCAAGAGUGGCCGAAGAACUAUAAAGAGUGGGUGUCUGGUCUCUGCCUCCAAGUCCCUAGGGGGCUGUGGUAGCGCCUGUCCCUGAUGAGGAAGAACACACAUGGGAUGGGACUGGCUGCAGGACAGCAUCAAGCAAGCAGCCGGCUUUGGCAAAAGAGCGUGGGCAGGUCACAACUGAAGAAACCAGGAUGUAGAGAGGUGACACCGCCUGCCCAGAGUCUCCCAGCUAGUAAGUGGUGGACCCAGAGUCCAAGUGCAGAGCUCCAAGUCCCAUUCACUUGGCCCCUGCACCUUUAUGAUUAUCCCGGGCCAGGAAGCAACACAGGUCCACCAGGCUGCAGUCUUGGCUCUGUCUUCACAGCUCCUGGCUGCAACCACAGGCUCCAUGAGGAAGCAAGAAGUAUGGCCGGACAGGGAGACAUCCCUGGCCUACAGUGCUGGCUCCCCAGCUGAGCAGGUGAAAGCCCUCGUGGAUCUACUUGCUGAGAAGGAUGGUCAGCUGCUGCAGGCUGCUAACAAGAUGCCAGACUCCCCACUGGGGUCCCAGAGCAAUGACUCUAGGAUACGGAGGCACUGUGAGGCCCUGCUGAGCAGGGUGGGAAACGACCCAGACCCGGGCAGGCCCUCGCAUCAGCUGGCCAGCCUCGUGCUCGUAGAGGGCCUGACGGAUCUGCAACUAAGGGAGCAUGACUUUACUCAGGUGGAGGCUACACGUGGGGUCUGGCCUGCCGCCAGGGCCAUCACCCUGGACAGGCUCUUCCUGCCUCUGUCCCGGGUGUCCAUCCCACCUCGCAUCUCUAUCACCAUCGGAGUGGCUGGUGUGGGCAAGACUACUCUGGUUAGGCAUUUCGUUCGUUGCUGGGCCAGAGGACAAGUGGGCAAGGACUUCUCAUUGGUUCUACCCUUGACCUUUCGGGAUCUUAAUACCUAUGAGAAGCUGUCUGCAGACAAACUCAUCCACUCCAUCUUCCCAAACACCGGGCAAGUCCCAGAGAAAGUCCUCCUGAUCCUGGACGGCUUGGAUGAGUGCAAGACGCCCCUGGAAUUCUCCAAUACUGUGGCCUGCACAGACCCAAAGAAGGAGAUCCAGGUGGACCACCUGAUCACGAACAUCAUCAGGGGAAACCUCUUCCCGGAGAUUUCUGUCUGGAUCACCUCCCGUCCUGGUGCUGCCGGUCAGAUCCCUGGAGGCCUGGUGGACCGGAUGACUGAGAUUCGGGGCCUCACUGAGGAGGAGGUCAAAGUGUGCCUGGAGCAGAUAUUCCCUGAGGACCGGAGCCUCCUGGGUCAGGUAGUGAGUCAAGUGCAGGCCAACAGGGCUCUGUAUCUGAUGUGCACCAUCCCAGCCUUCUGUAGGAUCACAGGGCUGGCCCUGGGUCACCUCUACCGCACCAGGCUGGCAGUCCAAGACACAGAGCUGCCACUGCCUCAGACCCUGUGCGAACUCUACUCAUGGUACUUUAGGAUGGCCCUUGGAGGGGAGGUGAACCACCAGCCGAAGGUAAGUCCUAGGAUUGAGCAGGCGGCCCAGGGGGCUCGCAAGAUGGUAGGGACAUUGGGCCGCCUGGCCUUCCAUGGGCUGGUCAAGAAGAAAUAUGUGUUUUAUGAGCAAGACAUGAAGGCAUUUGGCGUGGACCUGGCUUUGUUGCAGAGCUCUCUGUGCAGCUGCCUCCUGCACCGGGAGGAGACUCUGGCCUCCUGCGUAGCUUACUCCUUCACUCACCUAUCUCUGCAAGAGUUCGUGGCAGCCACGUACUACCACAGUGCAUCCAAGAGGGCCAUCUUUGACCUCUUUACUGAGAGCGGCGUGUCCUGGCCCCGGCUGGGCUUCCUCGCUCAUUUCAGAUGUGCCGCCCAGCGGGCCACACAAGCCAAGGACGGGAGGCUGGACGUGUUUCUGCGCUUCCUCUCAGGCCUCUUGUCCCCAGGGGUCAACACUCUCCUGGCUGGCUCUCUGCUGGCAAAAGGCGAGCACCAGAGCUACCGGGCCCAGGUGGCCGAGGUCCUCCACAGCCUCCUCCAUCCCGACACCGCAGUUUGCGCACGCGCCGUCAAUGUCCUGCACUGCCUGCAUGAGCUGCGGCACACGGCGCUGGCCGGCAGCGUGGAGGAGGCCAUGCAGAGCGGGGCCCUGGCUGGGAUGACCAGCCCCGCGCACCGCACCGCUCUGGCCUACCUCCUGCAGAAGUCCGAUGUCUGCUCCCCAGAGGCCAGCUUAGGCCUGUGCCUCAGCCAGAGCGUCCUCCAGAGCCUGCUGCCCCAGCUGCUCUACUGUCAGAGCCUCAGGCUGGACAACAACCAGUUCCAGGACCCUGUGAUGGAGCUGCUGGGCAGCGUGCUGAGUGGAAAGGACUGCCGCAUCCAAAGCAUCAGCCUCGCUGAGAACCAGAUUGGUAACAAAGGGGCCAGAGCUCUGGCCAGAUCCCUCCUGGUCAACAGAAGUCUUAUCAUACUAGACCUCCGGAGUAAUGCCAUUGGACCACAGGGGGCUAAGGCUCUAGCAGAUGCUCUGAAGAUAAACCGAACUCUAACCUCUCUAAGCCUCCAGAGCAACGUGAUCAAGGAUGAUGGUGUCAGGUGCAUGGCGGAGGCCCUGGUCUCCAACCAGACUCUCUCCAUGCUACAGCUACAGAAGAACCUAAUUGGGUCUGUAGGAGCCCAGCAGAUGGCAGAUGCCCUGAAACAGAAUAGGAGUCUGAAGGAACUCAUGUUUUCCAGUAACACCAUUGGGGAUAGAGGUGCCACGGCCUUGGCUGAGGCCCUGAAGGUGAACCAGGGUCUGGAGAGUUUGGACCUACAGAGCAAUGCCAUCAGCAACACAGGGGUAGCAGAGCUGAUGCAGGCCCUCUGCACUAACCAGACACUCUCCCGGCUCAACCUACGAGAAAACUCCAUCAGCCCAGAGGGAGCCCAGGCCCUCGCUCAAGCUCUCCGCAUGAACAGUGCUCUGAAGUACUUGGACCUCACAGCUAAUCUCCUCCAUGACCCAGGUGGCCAGGCCGUUGCAGCAGCAGUGGGAGAGAACCACUCCCUCACACAUCUCCACCUGCAGUGGAACUUCAUCCAGGCUGGCGCAGCCAGGGCCCUGGGACAAGCACUGCAGCUGAACAGGACCUUGACAACCUUAGACUUACAGGAGAAUGCCAUAGGGGAUGAGGGAGCUUCUGCAAUGGCCGGUGCCCUGAAGGUGAACACAACCCUCAUUGCUCUCUAUCUACAGGUGGCCGCCAUAAGCACCCAAGGGGCCCAGGCACUUGGGGAGGCCCUGGCUGUGAACAGAACCUUGGAGAUUCUUGACUUACGAGGAAAUGACAUUGGGGUAGCUGGAGCCAAGGCCUUGGCAAAUGCUCUGAAGUUAAAUUCCAGUCUCCGAAGACUCAAUCUGCAAGAGAACUCCCUGGGGAUGGAUGGGGCCAUCUACAUUGCCACUGCACUGUCUGAGAACCAGGGUCUGCAUCAUAUUAAUCUCCAGGGAAAUCCCAUUGGGGAAUCUGGUGCCCGGAUGAUCUCAGAGGCUAUCAAGACAAAUGCUCCCACACGCACUGUGGAAAUGUAAGCAGGGCAAGUUCCUGGUGGGCCAUGCAGCGACUCAAGCAGAAGCUUUUGAUCAGAGAAUCCUCUGAUCUCUGCACAUCUUCCUGGAAUCUGAAAUGCUGCUGAGUCAUCUCUCAAGCUGUCUCCUGACUUCCAACAGGGGUCACAGGCUCCUUUCCUGCCCAGGGUCAGUCGGAGGGAAGAUGGAAGCUCUGUUACAGAAUAGAGGGGGGAAGGGGCUGCCACCAACGGGCCCUCAGGGGAAACAAGCUGGGAGCUUCACAAAGUAGGAAGUGGCUUAUUCACACCCUCGGGUCUUCAUAUGCCCCAACUUAAAAAACAAGACAACACCGAACCAACAAAAACUGUGUUUCCGCCCUGUGCAUGCACAUGGUUGGGUCAGUCUUCUGCAGUCUCCAAGCCCACUAGGCAUGGUAGCUUGGCAGAGGUGAUGGUUUUGGGGUGUGACCCUUAGAUACAGAUGAAAAAACGAGAACCCUGUAAAGAUAAGUGAAAGGUUAAUUCUAGGAUGCUGAGUCAGACUUCAAGGCCUGCUAUGUUUGGAGUCCAGCGCACUGUUACCCAUUCUGAAUUAAGCGCCAAUACCUCGAUGCCAUUAUUCUGUACUUAAGCUUUCAAAGCUCAGAGUGUGUGUAGCCUCCCGGUGGGAUAACAAGUGUGCUUCCAGGUGGCAAAGUCUCUCCAUUGUCAGACUGAAACUGGAAAACCUAAGUGAGCCUCACAGGCCUCAACUUAGCUACUAAGAUAAACACUUAUAAAGACCACAGAGAGUCCAGGUGUGGUGCUGCACACGUUUAAUCUCAGCAAUUGGGAGGCAGAGGCAGAGGGACCUCUGAGUUUGAGGCCAGCAAGUCUGGAUCAGGAGUGAAUUCCAGGCCAGCCAGAACUACAUUGUUACAUCCUGUCUUAAACUAAAAAAAGGGCUAUCCAGAAGCUAGACAUGGUGGCACACACUUGUAAUUCUGGUACUUGUGAGGCUGCAAAAGGAGGAUCAGGAGUUUGAGGCCAGCUUAAACUACAUAGUGAGGUUCUCAAAACAAAAAUAUAAAAAUUCAAUAGUCAGAUGAGUGCUCAUGGCAGCUGAUAGAGGUGCUGCUCUGUUUGCAGGAAAAGAGGUACCUUAGCAAGUAGCAUGCAAAUGCAGCCUUAACAAAAGUGAUUAGACUUGAGCCAGGAAGAACCUAUAAUCCCAGCACUUGGUGGAGGCAGGAGUAUCAGGACAUUGAGGCUGUCUUUGGAUACAUAGUGAAUUCAAGACCAGUUUGUGCUCCAUGAAAUCCUGUCUCAAGAAGACAAAAGGAAAAAGAAAUUACAUUUAGCCUCACAGCCAUGGGACAAACGGACAUCAUGCAUGAGUGCAGACGUUGCACUGAUGGCGCAUGUCUGCCGACAGUGUUUACCUGAGCCUGCCUGUAGAGGUAUGACUACACAGCUCCAAAUGGAAGGACUUUCUACAGAGCUGGCCUGCCUGCAGAAAUGUGAGAACAAUCGGGGGAUUGUCCUAAAUUAAACGUGGAAAAGACCUAACAAUGAAAUGCAAGAUCCUUGAUUGGCUCCCAGGCUGGAGCGAAAAUAAAAUCUUCAAGGAAUUUUACUUGGAAA